CCACGGAAGCAGUUUUUCACCAUGAACCUGGUAGCAAGUCUUCUCUGUUUGUUGGUGUGCCUCACCACAGUGACUUCUGACAGAGUCUACGUUCACCCUUUCAAUUUGUUUUCUUUCAACAAGAGUACCUGUGAGGAGCUGGAAAGUCUUGUCCAGGAGGGAAAGAAAACUUUUGUCCCUAUCUCCAUUGAGUCCCACACCACACCUGCCUAUGAAGAUGACCUGAACAACAAGGACGAGCUGGAAGCCCCAAGCCUGAAUAGCCGGGGGAGGCAGGAACUGAGCUACCUGAAGGACUCUUUGUACGUGCUGGGUAGACGGUUUUACAGCGUGCUGCGGGAAGUACGGCGGGGCCAAAACUUGCUGCUGUCUCUGACCAGUCUUUAUGGCUCCUUGGUAUCAUUCUACCUGGGUGCCUCAAACCAGACUGCAGCUGAUUUGCAGCGUUUGCUAGGAUUUAUUCCCCCAUCUGGAGACCCUGACUGCACCUCCAGGGUGGAUGGACAUAAAGUCCUUUCCAGCCUGAGGAUGAUUGAAAACCUUAUCAAGAGCAGCAAUGAGGAGCUGCUCUUUUCCAAGAUGCUCUGCCUGUUCUCUGCUCCUGGCACAGCUCUAUCACAGCAGUUCAUACAGGACUUGCUCCCCGCUGCUGAUGCUCUGUAUGCUCGAGCUGUUGACUUUACAAACCCAAGGGAGGCAGCAAAGCAAAUAAAUGCUUUUGUGGAGGCCAAAACCGAGGGCCAAAGCAAGUGCUUACUGGCAAACACUGAUCCAUCAGCUGACCUGCUGUUUGCAGUGGAUGUCCGCUUGGCAGUGAAUGCUAAGCAAGUCUCCCAGCUCAAAGAGCCUCAGGAGUUCUGGGUGGAUUCAAACAUGAUGGUCUUGGUCCCUAUGUUGUCAGUCACAGGGACAUUCAAGUACAAAACUGAUGCCAGUGGGACUUUUUCUGUGGUGGAAGUCCCUCUCAGCAAGACCAUGCUGCUGGUGCUGCUGCAACCCAUCAAUGGCAGUGACCUGGAGCAUGUGGAGUCCCAGCUACCGUUGCAGUCCUCAGCCUGGCUUCAGGAGCUGUCCCCAAGAGAAAUUAAAUUAACACUGCCGAAGCUAACAAUAGAAGACAGCUCUGACCUACAAGAGCUUCUGUCAGAUAUGGAACUGCCAGCACUGCUGGGGAAGGGGGCAGAUCUCAGUAAAAUAAGUGAUGCCAAUCUAACAGUUGGAAAGGUAAUAAAUAAAGCCUUUUUCAAGCUGAGUGGUGAUGGAACAGCAGAUCAGCCAGAAGAUCCUGCAGCCCAGAAGGAAGACGCAGUGUUCCUAGAUAUAACAGUGAACAAGCCGUUCCUUCUAGCUGUUUUUGAAGAGAAGUCAAGGGCAAUGCUUUUCCUUGGCAGAGUAACAAACCCUCUGCAUCAUGGGGACUAA